GAUAUCAUCGAUGGCACAGUUAUAGGCCACUCUGUAUUGACUACCUAUGAUGUGGUGGUCGUGUCGGCCAACUAUCGGUUGGGACGGUUAGGCUUUUUACACGGUGACGAUGAGACAGCACCUGGUCAUCUAGGUCUUUACGAUCAACUGUUCGCUCUUAAAUGGGUUAGAGAUAAUAUCCAUUUGUUUGGUGGGGAUAGGGAUGAGAUUACUAUGUUUGGUGAGAGCGCCGGCAGUUGGUCCGUAUCAGCGCACAUAUUGUCUCCCCUAUCAAAGGUUCUGUUUAAGAGGGCUAUUAUGCAAAGCGGAGUCCUUAUGUUCAAUAGGGACCGACCCCUCAGAAGUACAGCUGAAGCCUUGAGUAAAGCCAAAGAUACAGCCCGUGAGUUGGGUUGUGAUGAAUAUGACUACAAAUGGUUGGACUGUUUGCGAGCCAUUGAUGACCCGAAUGUGUUUCUGGAGCCCUAUGAAGACGAUCUCACUUAUGAUAUUGAAUUGAUGGCCGGUGCCAUGAAAGGGGAGGUUAUGCCGAUAUUUACAUUGGACGCACUCUUUCCCAAAUUGAAUGACAAUUUCACGAGAAAACUAUUUCACGAGUCGUUGAUUGAUGCGAACGAAGUGUUUCUCAAUAUAGACGUCGAGAAAGUGAUGCAAUUUUAUCUCAAAGAUAUAGACAAUGAAAAUAGCGCUCAAAUGGUCGAGACAUUCACUGCAAUGUAUACGGAAUUAGCGCAUAUGUGUCAUGGGGCCAGUAGUCAGUGUAUUUACGGAAAGCCCGUAAGGAAUCCGCAGAUGUUUUCGGAAACGGAUUAUGUUUUCAGUUUAGAUGUCAUGAAAAUGUGGACCAAUUUCGCUAAAAAUAUUAAACCCCACGAGGAAUGGCCACUGUUUUUGACUAAUAAACAAAUUCUGUGCCAAAAGUGA